GAGCUCGACUCGGCUUCCCUUUUCGCUCCGGCCGGGCGACUUACAGACUGCGCGGCCGCUGUGUGGGAAUCUGCCCGCAAGGUUUCCAACGGGGCAUGGCGAUGACAGCGCUCCCCGCGUCGUCUCUCCUCUUCCCGGGGCCCUCCUGAGGGGAGUCCUCGGCCCUCCGCGCUGCCCCCUGGAAGGGCCUCUUUAACCGGCCUGGCUUAAGGAAAUGGCCUCUCCAAAAUCCUUACUAAAUUUUCUGACCUUCACUUUUGGAUCAGCAAUUGGUUUUUUCCUAUGUUACUUGCUAUUUAAUUUAGUAUUAGAAGAACAAAUCAAGGUUGAGCCUCAUAUUCUUCACAAUGAUCCUCAUGGCCAUCAUAAAGAUAGUGAUGAAAACCACAACCUGAAAGGACAAAUGAAUUUCAAUGCAGAUGCUGGGCAACAUAAAGAUGAAAAUAAAAAUGUUGCUGAAGAAUUGUACCGGAAGGUAAGGAUACUUUGUUGGGUGAUGACAGGUCCCCAGAAUCUGGAAACAAAAGCCAAACAUGUCAAAGCUACUUGGGCGCAGCAUUGCAACAAAAUACUGUUUAUGAGCUCUGAGGAAAACAAGAACUUUCCAACAGUGGGAUUAGAAACCAAAGAAGGCAGGGACCAGUUAUACUGGAAAACCAUUAAAGCUUUCCAGUAUGUACAUGAACAUCAUUUUGAUGAAGCAGAUUGGUUCAUGAAGGCAGAUGAUGACACUUACGUUGCACUGGACAACUUGAGAUGGCUACUUUCAAAAUACAGCCCUGAAAGACCUAUUUAUUUUGGACGAAGAUUUAAGCCUUUUGUGAAACAGGGCUAUAUGAGUGGUGGGGCAGGAUAUGUGCUUAGCAAAGAAGCUCUGAAAAGAUUUGUGGAUGCCUUCAAAAAUAACAAAUGUACUCAUAGCUCUUCCAUUGAAGACUUGGCAUUGGGCAAGUGCAUGGAGAGCAUUAAUGUUGAAGCUGGAGAUUCUCGGGAUACAAGUGGCAAGGAAACCUUCCAUCCAUUUGUGCCAGAACAUCAUUUAAUCAAAGCAUACCUUCCCAAAAAUUUUUGGUACUGGAAUUAUAACUAUUACCCUGCUGUAGAGGGCCCUGGUUGCUGUUCUGAUCUAGCAGUUUCUUUUCAUUAUGUAGAUGCUACUACUAUGUAUCAUUUGGAAUAUUUGAUUUAUCAUCUCCGCCCUUAUGGUUAUCAAUUCAGAUAUAAUCCUGACGUCCCUAAGGAUCCAGAAAAACAAAAUUUAAGUGAGGCCACAAAAGGUGGUGCAAAAUUCAAAGGUGAAGAAGAAAAUCCUCCAAAAGCUUCUAAAUAAGCCUUAUGGAAUGCUAUACCAACAUGCUCAGCUCACAAUGGUGAGAUGUUCCUUUGCAUCCUCUUCUAAUACGCUGGUACAAAGAUGUUUUUCCAUGUGCCAGGAGACUGCAUGCUGUAGUUCUGUCAAAGCUCCUUUGAUUUACUGAUCCAUGGACUCAAUCUUACAUUGAAACAAAUACUUUAGUUCAUAUUCACACAUAGAUCUUCAGCAUUUUCAUCCUUUUUUUUUUAUUAUGAUUCAAAGGUUUUGUUAGAUAAUUUCUUGAAAAAACUUCAAUUUAUUAGACCGGAAACUGAUGUUUUGCAAGAGAUUCAAGUUUGUAUAUGAA